AUGGCUGAAUUCUUGAGUGUUGGUGAAAUCAUGUUGCGCCUUAAGUCUCCGGGGCACGAACGCUUGUUUCAAUCACCCUCGUUGGAAGCAACGUUCGGCGGUGGAGAAGCGAAUGUCGCCGUCGCACUGGCAAACUAUGGAUUGAGUUCAGGCUUUGUCAGUGCGCUGCCCGACAACGCAGUAGGCAAUGCGGCGAUUGCUCAACUGAAAAGUUUUGGUGUAGAGACUGACAACGUUAAGCGGCAAGGCGACAGAGUGGGCAUCUACUUCCUCGAAGCCGGAGCUAACCAGCGGCCGUCCAAUGUGGUCUACGACCGGGCUUCUUCGGCCAUCGCAGCCGCUGAGCCGGCCGACUUUGAUUGGCCGGCCAUCCUCAACGGGGCAAAGUGGCUACACAUCACAGGUAUCACACCAGCAUUGAGUGAGUCAGCCGCAGCGCUGAGCCUUGACGCCGUCAGGGCAGCUAAGGCUGAAGGCCUAACAGUCUCGUGCGAUUUCAACUUUCGCGGCAAACUCUGGAAGUAUGGGAAGACAGCACCAGAGGUGAUGACAGAGCUGGUGGGGUACGUUGACGUUGGUAUCGCCAACGAAGAAGACUGUCAAAAAUCACUGGGCAUCAGUGUUGAGGAUGUCGACGUUGAAUCAGGUGAUCUUGACACCGAAAAGUAUAAGCGCCUAACAGAAAAAGUACUCGCUCAAUUCGGACAGAUGAGCGUGCUAGCUGUGACCUUGCGCGAAUCGCGGAGCGCUGAUCGCAACGGCUGGUCGGCUUGUCUGCGUGAUGCCAGCGGAUUCCACCUUUCUCGUCAUUAUGAAAUUACCGAUAUUGUUGAUCGAGUCGGUGGUGGAGACAGUUUCGCGUCGGCGCUGAUUUACGCGCUCAACACCUACCAGAACCGCCAGGAAGCGUUGGAGUUUGCCGUCGCAGCAAGCUGCCUGAAACAUUCAAUCCCCGGCGACUUCAAUCGCGUUUCUGUCGGCGAGGUUGAGAAACUCAUGGGUGGUGACGCUUCCGGACGCGUUCAGCGUUAG